GGCAGCGAUAGGCCGGUCCCUUCCGCCGCGCCGCGCUUCCGGGGCGAUCAGGUGACGGCGGCCGCGGGCAGGGAGCGGCUCUGCGGAUCGCCGAGAGCGCCGGAUUCCAACAGGAAAAUUUUCUUGCUCUUGUGUCUGGGGAGCUCCUCAGGAUGGCAAGUAAAGGCCCUACAACUUCUGCAUCAACAAAGAGCUCCAGUGCUGGAGGGACCAGUGGCAGCAGCAGCAGUAAUGGUGCUGGGGACAACACUAAUCAGGACAACACUUUUGAGUGUAACAUCUGUUUAGACACUGCCAAGGAUGCAGUUAUCAGCUUGUGUGGACAUCUCUUCUGCUGGCCUUGUUUACACCAGUGGUUAGAAACCAGGCCAAACAGACAAGUGUGCCCUGUCUGCAAAGCAGGAAUCAGUCGAGAUAAAGUUAUUCCUCUGUAUGGAAGAGGCAGCACUGGACAACAGGACCCCAGAGAGAAAACUCCACCACGACCCCAAGGACAGAGACCUGAACCAGAGAACAGAGGGGGGUUCCAAGGCUUUGGGUUUGGAGAUGGUGGCUUCCAAAUGUCAUUUGGAAUCGGGGCGUUUCCCUUUGGUAUAUUUGCCACAGCAUUCAACAUAAAUGAUGGGCGACCUCCUCCAGCUGUUCCAGGGACUCCUCAAUAUGUGGAUGAGCAGUUCCUAUCCCGCCUCUUCCUGUUUGUGGCUCUGGUGAUUAUGUUCUGGCUGUUGAUUGCAUAAAUCGUUUCCAUUAUUCUGAAUACUCAUAGCCAGAAAGGCUACUGAAACAGUUACAAACUGCUUCCCAUCCCAUUUUAAACCUCCUGGUGUCUGGUUCCGUAGCUAAUGACGGGUUUCAGAAAUUGGUGGUACUGCAGCACAGUGAAGAAUCUCACAUUUUUGCACUACAGUUGGAAAUUAAACAUUGGUUAAAACGUAUUUCAGCUCGGCUGUCUAGUACAACAGGUUCUGACCACAAACCCUGGGCCUAGCUUUGAGCUCUGCUCCUAAAAGGAGUGCUGCUUUGAAAUCCUGUGCCAAUCAGUUACAAUAGGUUUAUGUGAAAGACAGUUACCCCAAGGUAGACUGGACAGGUAAGGAAACUUCUGCAGCGCCAUCAGUAUCUCAUGCUUGGCAAACACGGUGGAUCUGCCAGCACUGUGGGUGUUACUCAGUUUCUUCAAUCAUCCAGCCUUCUUCAGGAAAUCAUCUGCAGCACGGCUGAGACUCCUUGGGCACAGCAUGUGAUACAAACGGAACCAGGUGUGGAGACUGGUUUCUUUUCUUGCUGUUGUUUCCCACAGCAAUGGAAAACUCCUGCCUGAUGUGGUUAGAAGAGCUACUAAUUUAUGCUGCAAAUUUUUUAAAGCCUAAAGUUGCUGGAGCCAGACACUGGAAGAUUCUGUGAUGAAGCUGGGUGAGGUUAUCGAGCAGUAGGACUUGCCUAUCUGCCUCACCCAGCCCAGUUCCUCACUGACAUAACAGUGUUGCCUUCCGUGGUUCUGUGCAGCAGCACUUAAGGAUAAUCCCCUCCCAUCCCUGCCACUGCAGCUACAUUUCUUUCUCCCAGGGCUGUGAGACUUUCUACACAAGAUUGCAAAUAAAAUCCCAUUAACAACCCUGAAGUUUGGGGACAGAGAGGAGGGCAUCUUCAAGUGAGAUUAGAGCUUAAAAAUGGCAUACUGUAAAAUCACGCGGGAGGAAAAAUGAGAUCCUGCACAUGCCACAGCAGGGAACACUUGGAAGAGCUUCUCUGUGCAGCCACGCAUGGCUACAAGAUGGCACGGAACGGCUACAGUGCAAGUCUCGUCAGUAUCUACCAAAGACACGAAUUAGAAGUGCUGGAGGAGACCAUGACCAUCUCUGUGCCAAGGGGAAAAUAUUUCCAAAGGUGAAAUGUAGCCCGUUUGGAAUCACGUUGGGUGUACAGCUUUAAAAGUAUUCCUGAUAUAUUUGUGUAGAUUCCUUCAGAAGAGCAGACACGAGGGAUUUCCUAAUGAGAUGAACAAUUUUGAUAUUUCUCUGACUAGACAACUCCAUUUCCUUUUUUUCUUCUAUUGUUUUUAGAUCGUUUUGAUUCAGAUCACUGCUAGUCACGAUGAUUUCCUGCGAGAUGAAUAUUGUGACUUCCCUCAUCAUAGACGUACAAACUGACAGAGCAAAUCAAGUCUUAGAAACUGUUUCCAUAGUUAAGCUCGUUAACGUGUAUGGUUAAAGUUGCUGGGCAGGGCACCUCGA